AAGAUAAAAAAUGUAAAGAUUAUGUAUUUAGUUAGUUAUAGACUUUAGUUUGUCAUACCCAUAGUGUAUGGACCUUAAUAUGCUUACAUAUAUUUACAAUUAUAUUAUGAUCAUAACGCAUUGAAAAACAUAAGAUAAACUCAUUGUUUUGGACUUGCAAUUCACAUUUUGAUUUCGAUGUUCGCCUAAAAUGUUUUAUGCUUAAUAUACGAUUUUUUUUAAUAUCACUUGCAUUAUAUUAUAUAUUUUAUUUGUGUACAUUUAAUCAUUAACUAAAAAUUAGAAUAAUGGAAACAAAAUUAAUUGAUGAAAUACUCGAAGAUAAACAACAAAUAGUUACUUACAAAACUCUGACAAAAAUGUUGAAUAUUCAUCCAAAUAAAGCAAAACAGCUAUUAAAAGAUUAUAUUUGCAAAAUAUCAGAUAGCAAGAAAUACUCAGUAACUGUAGUUAUUGGUGGUUCAUUAAAAGAAAAAAAUGAAUUUUGUAUUGUACUCAGUUAUGACAAUCAUGUUGAAACUAUCAGACGCCGUUUUAAAAAUAUACUUUUUGAACAAAUUUAUAGUAUUCAGCCUAUUGGUCGGUUUACGGAUCUCAGCAAUGAUUUAUACUUAGCUGAACAAAUUGAUGAGAACUUUACUAAUAUUUGUUCAAGUAUUCGAAUGAAAAAUACCAAAAAGGUAAUUGCUUACGAUUCAGUUAAAGGAACACCAAUGGAAAUAGAUGAAACACAAAAUAAAGAAACAAAACAAGAAAAUGAAUGCAAAGAAGAAGAAAAUUUAAAAGAAAUAUUUUCUACCAGUGAAUCUAAAAAAACAAUAAAAAAACCUCAAAAAAAUAAAAAUGAUUUCUUUAAAACAAAUACCACACAAAAAACUGAAGUUGAACCAAUCAAUAAGAAGAUGGUGGAAUGUAAAAAGACUAACUCUUCAACAUCAGACUUUUUUAUUAAAUUGAAAAGUCCAGAAUGUGAAAAUAAGGAUGUAUUAUCAAUGGAAAAAGAGCAAAACAAAAAAGAUGUAUGUAAUAUGUCGUACGAUAAUGAAACAGUGUCACAGUCAACUGAUAUUAAAAAAAAAGUCAUUAAAAAAGAUAAAACUAAGAAAAGAAAAGCAAAUAAUGAAAGCUUAAAAAAACAUAGGAAGCGUAUACAAACAUUUAAUAGUUCAGAUGAAGAAGAAAUAAACAGUGAAGAAGAAGAUAAUAAAAGAUCUAAAUAUACAGAAGAACACGAAGAAGUUGAUUUUGUCUUACCUACACCACCACGCCCAACAAUAAGAGAAAAUCUUAAAAAAGAAAAACAAGUAACAACAAGCACUUAUAUUGAUGAUGAUGGUUUUGUAUGUACUAACAAAGAAGUAAAAAUUGUAGAAAAUGAAAUACCAGAUGAUGCAUUAACUGAGUCCAUCAAUGUGAAUAACGAAUCAACCUUGAAAAAUAUGAAAACGAGUGAACCUGCAGAUGUUACGAGUAAAAUAAAUAAAAAAAAAUCACAUUCAAAAUUGAUGGCUAAAAAUAAUUCAUCGGUUCAAGGCAAAAAACAAACAUCAUUAACUAGUUUUUUUAAAGUCAAUUAAAUAGUUAUCAUAUAUAUUUAUCAAUUAUAUGUUUUAAGAACUUGGUAAUAAUUUUAUAAAAAUUGUAUAAUAAUAAUAACAAAAUAGGUAUUAUAAUAUGAUUGAAUUAUUUUUAAGUUAUUUUUUCUGGAAUUUAUUUUAUUGUAUUUUUUAUGGGCAGCGUCCAAUUAACAUUUUGAAAUUAAGUCUAGUGUUAAUAUAAGACUAAGUACUAUAGUAGUAUUAUACAACAAUAAGUAUACAAAAUUUAUAUUUUAAAUAUAUCUUAAAAUUAAAUAUCAUACAAGAAUUUCUCUAAUCAACUAUUUAGAUACAUCUAUUGUAAGAAUCCAUUAAAUUAUUAGCAUACAAGUCAAAAUUAAAAUUAUUUACAAGCAUUAAUCUAAUUUAGGGGCAUUUAGACAAUAGUUUGAACUCUUGAAAAGCACAUAAACAGUAUUUAACUGUCAGGUUCUAAGACUUGGAACUUGAAAGUAUCAUACUACAAACAAUUCAGGGCAGUUAAUAAUAAAAAUUUGUUAAUUUAAAGAUAAAGCACAGAUCUUAUCUUUUCCAUCUUUUAUUCUACGAUUCAAGACUUAGGUGAUGAAUUUAUUUGUUAU